UGUUGGGAAACACUCAAACCAUCCUACGCUAUAAGAUAUAGCUACAAUUCUAAUUAAACAGCUAUAUAUAAGCCUCCUUCAGCCUCCUAUAUCCUCUCUGCUCCAUAAUCUUUUUAUAUAUAUCGAUUUCAACUACUUUUGACUGCAGCAUGUUUAGUGGUGGAUUCAAAAUUUGAAGUACUUUAUUAUUUAUAUUAGGUUUGCCCUCGAAGCAUCACUGGGUGGGUUCUUCCAAACUUGCGAACAUGCUAUGUUGCACUUCGUCGCACAGCACCUUACUGAGACACUCUCCACCAGGUCCUCCACCUCCGCCCAAUUUGGGGCCAUCGCCGCCGCCAGCGCCACCUCCAGGCCUAUAUAAUGCACCGCCACCACCUUUUCCUCCCCCAGAAGUAGUACAUGUCAGUGAAUAUGCUCCUCCGCCUCCCCCGCCUCCAUUUCUAGGGCCACCACCACCAGCUCCGGGACCACCUCCUCCACCGUAUAAUUAUGAUCUUUUUGGUCCAUCCCAACCGUUGAACUACUUUAACCCACCUUACUAGAGCUCCGCUCGGAAGAUGCAUAUAAUACAUAAGUUGGAGAAAAUAUAAUCAAGACUCAAAAGGUGACUGGAUGAGUGAUGAAGACAGGUUGGAUCACCGAGACAGUUCACAAAGUACUGUCUUAAUUAAUAGUACUGAGUAGUAAGGGUGAUGUGUUUGUAUGUAUAUAUAUGUGACUUUUUUUUGUUUUGUCCCUCCAGCUUCGGUUUCUUUGCUCUCUUGGUUAUUCGAACCCAACCACCUGAGCAACCCCGGUUAUCAUGUAUGUGACUCAAUAUAGCUUCUUGUCUACUGUCUAUUGUCUACUAGUACUCUUGCUGUUGGUUAUAAAAAGGAUCGUUUUCCUCCUCA